UUUGUUGUUUAACGCUGCUCUGAACAAUUUAAAGCUGUAUGAUGGUGGUCUGAAUAAUCGAGUCUGAACCAGAAAAUCCAGUGAUUGACAUCAUGAGCAUGGAUCUACGCAAUUGGAGUACGAUAUGUCAAGCAAGUCAUCGAGCCUAAUCACCUUAUCCCGGCGCACAUCUGUUAUGACAAGCAUGGGUUGCUGAAGACCAAUUCUAAUCCAGAUAUUCAAUGGUUGAGGUAAAGAGUGGAGCUUAACUUACAUGUAAUACGGUAUGGAGAUGGUAUGGAGGUGGACAAGGUGUGUUCUGGGCCUGUGUCACACAGUCUACGGUUCAGGUAGGAAGAAGAGUACAAGUAUGGUACUCCAGCUCGUCCUGAUUGUGGUCGUCCUUGGUCAGGUGGGUGGUCACUCCGACCACUGGGUCUACAAUGUCCUCUAUCAUCAACAACAAAAUCUAACCUGUGAGAAUGAUAUGUUCAACCCAGACCGGAUGCCAACCGGAACAAGCCUCCUCUGGACAUUACCCAGUGGUGAGAUCAUCCGCCCACAUGGUGACCAUUCCAAGGUUGACAUAUCCCCAAGUGGCCACUGGAUCCUGGUCAAACAUGUCCACGAUGAAGAUUUUGGUGUGUACAACUGCCUGGUAUUUGUGCAAGGCAAUCUGACUCACAGCAUCCGUAAAGGAAUUAACAUACAUGGGCCAUAUUGGGGGGACCUGAUGAAGAAGUACAUGCCCAGUGUCAUCGUAGGUGUCAUUGCGGCUUCUGUGAUGUUUGCCACCCUCUCCUUCCUGUGUUUCUGGUACGACAGACACCAAGGUGUGGGGGAGAGGCUCAUUGACAAGUACGAGGAGAUGAUGAAGGAAGCAAUAAAUGGUGGUCAAGUCAACGCAGGGUUUGAUGUGAUGGAGGAAAUCAAGACGAAAGUGCCGGAGAAAGAUGGAAUUGAGCUGCCUCCGGUUACAACCAAGUUCUAAAGAUGUCCAUCAGCUUAGGAGUAGUUUCACAAAUUUCAGACAUAUAUAUGCUAUUUUGUUCAUGUUUUUCAAUAUUCGAAAGUCUACAAUGUUACAUUCUUUUCUUAGUGUCUUGUCUGAGUUCAACAAUAAUCAUCUGUUUAAUAAUAGUUUUCAUAAAAAUGUCCAUCAGUCUUGCUUUCAAUGUGUGUUUUUUAUGAAAAGAAGAGACCAUCAGAAUUUGUCCAUACCUUAAACAUUUAUAAAUCAUGAUAGAUUUGGAAAUAUUCUUUCUUCAGGCUUAGCCUAUAUGUAUGGUCUGUUGCCGUGAACAUGUAGCAAAUGCUAGAUCUUGAUUAUUGUAACUGACAUUUUUAUUCACUGUUGUGACAUCUGAUACAUUUGGGGCAAGACAUGAUCAGAAGAAAAUUACAAGUUACCUAAUAUCGUUUUAAGAGAAUUUGCUUUAAAAAAUGUGCCUUGUUUGUUUAUAAUUACCCACUAGACUGGAAGCAAGAGAGAUAAAUGUAUUGAAUACCCAAACAAAGCUGUCACAUACCAAAUGUGGAUGUUAAUAUGUGAGUAAUUAUUUGAAUGUAAUCGUAGCACUUAAACGACCCUAACACUCAUUCCUUAACGCAAACUUAUGACUGUCACGCAGAUAAAUUUGUAGAUGGGGCCCAGUAAAUAUCCUUUUAUAUUUGAGGGACGGCAUUACCAUGAGAUUUUCUUAAAUUAUUCUAACUUCGGUAUGCCUGUGAUGUUUGAAACCAUUAUCUCAUAAAAAUGAUACUUUUUAGCACCUCUGCUGUUCACUGUUCCAAUCCAUUGUGAUUAAUCUGUCAUGGUCCAGCAAUGAUAACCUG